GUGCGCGUGGUGGGAACGAUAGCAAGAUGGCGGCGCUGAAGGAGGAGCAGUGUUACGGACUGUCCUGUGGAAGAGUAAGCAACGGCAGCAAUGUCUCCGUCUUUCACGUUAAACUCACUGACAGCGCACUGAGGGCGUUUGAAGGCUACCAGAGCACCAAGGUCCUGUCAUCAUGGCCAUUGAUAAGAUUUAAUGGAAACCAAGGGAAAAUUUCAAUACCACGGUCAGAAAAUUCAAGUGAACUCCAAACCUUCUCUUUCUACCUGUCGAAUGUGGGCAGAGAUAACCCCCAGGGCAGCUUUGACUGCAUCCAGCAGUACAUCACCAGUGAAGGGAGCAUUCAGCUGGAUUGUUUGGGUGGGAUCCAGGACAAGAUUACAGUAUGUGCCACAGACGACUCCUACCAGAAGGCCAGAGAAAGCAUGGCCCAGGUUGAGGAGGAGACUCGCAGUAGGAGUGCAAUCGUCAUUAAGCCUGGGGGACGAUACGUAGGUAAGAAAGUGCAGAUCCGGAAACCAGCCCCUGGUCUCUCAGACAUCGCCCCCUUACGGAGGACGUCUCGGCCUGUCAUUAUCUCUAGCAGUACGCUAAAGAAGGGCACAACUCAACAUAGGCCGCUCCGAGAGCGCCUUAUACACCUGCUGGCCCUCAAGCCUUACAAGAAGCCUGAGCUGAUCCUGAGGUUGCAGAAGGAUGGCCUCUCGCAGUUGGACAAAGACUCCCUGGAUAGCUACCUGCAACAGGUUGCAAAUCUGAAUGGAAGAGAGAACACUUUCACAUUAAAGGACUUUUUGUAUAAGGAAAUUCAGAAGGACUGGCCAGGCUACACAGAAGGAGACCAGCAGCUUCUCAAGAGAAUUCUGUUCAGGAAACAAGCCCAGAACAGCUCUGCACCUCCACCAGAGAGCCCACCGAAAGAGCUGGCCAACAGCUCUCCAUCUCAAAAACGACCUGCUGCUGACUUCAUUGACCCACUUGUCAACAAAAAGCCAAGGAUAUCACACCUCGCCAGCAAGACAGCAGCAGGGCCAGUUAAUGGCAAGAUCAGCUCUUCCAACGGGAGAGGAGAAGCAGGUGGAGCACAGUCAGGAGUGGCCGGGUCAGUGCCAGAUGGCGGCAUAACGUCAAGCUCCCAGCAGCUACCUGUGCUCGACAUCCCCCGUCCUUUUGAAGCAUUGUCGGACGUCAGCAAUGACUCCAGCAACAAUGGGCGUGACUGUGACUCUCAGGAAACGGCAGUGUCCGAGAGGCUCAGUCAACCACCUUCGCUCUCAUCUAUGUCAACAGUGGCCACUGCGCCCGCCAUCCGAACGUCAUCCCCUGGACACACGGUCCUGGAGGGGCCACGGGACAAGAGUUCUUCUUCCUUAAACAGCAAGUCAAAAAAGAAGUCAAAAAAGCAUAAAGACAAGGAGAAGAGCAAAGAUAAAGAGAGGGUGAAAGAAAAGGAGCAGGAAAAUGAGAGGAAAAGCCGUGACACAUGUGUGCCUGAGCCUGCCAGAGCCUGUGAGAUGAGCCUAGGAAACCUCAAAAGCAACAGUAUUCCACACAAAAGCACAGAUCUUAAUGGAAUGUGCAACACUACCAGUAUUCCUUCGUCUUCACCUGAAGUGGCAGACUACUUAUUGAAAUAUACAGUGAUCAGCUCUCCGGAGCAGCGUCAAAGGUAUAAAAAUGAUUUCAACGCAGAGUACAGUGAGUACCGGGGACUGCAUGCUCGAAUAGAGGGCAUCACCCGGCAGUUCACUGUGCUUGAUAAUGAGCUUAAACAGCUCCAACAAGGCACAGACAAGUACAAGACAGUUCAUAAUCAAAUACUUCAAGAGUAUCAUAAAAUAAAAAAGACUAAUCCAAACUACAGCCAAGAGAAAAACCGCUGUGAAUAUCUACACAACAAACUGGCACACAUAAAGAAACUUAUUGCGGAGUACGAUCAACAGCAACUUUAAAAGUAGUUAUUAGACAUUGCUUCCCUGUUAUUUCUGGAAACCAAGCAGAUAAAGGAAAACUCCAGAUUCCGCUUGCACGAAUUUAAAAAAAAAAAAAAAAAAAAAAAAAAUGCCAUGAAGGGAGUAUUCCUCUUAUUGGAGCCAAAGGCUCUAGUGGGACACACAAUCUGUUUUGCUCUCUAAUUUUUUUUUUUUUCUCCUCUUUUGAAGAUGAGGUUAUGCCUGGUUUGCAUCCAGAAAAAUUGGUUCUGUGCGGGUUUGUUUUUUUGUUUUGUUUUGUUUUGUUUUUCAACAGCCCACCCUGCUUAUAGUUCAGAGAUGGGAAAGUGUCAAACAUGGAAACUUUUCCACAUUCUUGGGAUAUUUCCAAAUUCUUUUUCUUGCUUUGGAAACAGGAGGGAAGGAGACACUGAGAUGAAGACUGCAGAUUCUAUGCCAAAUGCAAUUAAUUUGUUUUUGAGUUAAGAAAAAUUAAACGAAUGAUUUUUUUUUCCCCCCCCGCUUACUAAAACGAAUGGUUGAGAUAUUGAACCUAUUUCUUUUAAUUUAUUUUUUGACAUUAAAAUGGGGGAUGAGCCUGUUUUACACUCCUCAGUAUCAGUGCUUAAAAGCUGUCUCUUAUGUUUUGUUCUCACAUUUUGAAUGUCUGCCAGUAUUUUAUUCAGAAGCUGCCUUGCCCAUCGAAUUGUCAGUCUUGUGGGAUAAUUUUGUUUAUCUCUCAAAGGGGUGCAGAUAUUACUGUUGAUUUAAAUCAAAACCAGUGCACACAAUCAGACACAGGUUUGUGUGCUUUUCUUUUCUAAAAUCAUAUGCACACGUCUUAAAGGAGGGGACAUGGCUUUGCAGUCCUUCGAGAGCUGUGGAUUUUCUUUGAAUGGUCUCCUCACUGCCCUGACGAGCUACAGUGCUUGUUAAUCAGUUACAGCAGUGGUCCUAAGUUAUGGUUCAGCAUAUUGUAUUAGUGAAAACUAUACUUGGCUCUUGAUUGUCUUUCCAGUUUAUUAUGGCUUUUGUAGCAACAAAAUGUUUCAAUGUCAGUGUUACUCUUCAUCACACUAUGGAAGAUCCUCUAAUUGUAAGAUGAAGCAGACAGGAUGCAGAUCUGCAGCCUUUUUCUUUUCAUCUCCAGAAUGUUUGGAAAUUUAGGUUCAUAUCUUCUCACUUGCACCAUUAUCACUUUCAGUUAUGUCCAGAUCAUGUUUACAGUAUCUGUGAAAAUCAAAUUUUUUUUUUUUUCUUUUUCAUUUUGUUUUUGUCUGCUAAUCUUCCUGCAUGCUAGUCCAUUUGAGACGACUGUUAAGAUGAAGCCAUUUUUGUUCAUCUUCCGAGUGGAGCCUGGUGGACCCCUAGCUCAGAGAAGGACCAGUUUUUGCCUUUUUUGAAAUGUGAUGUCAUGUAUUUACAGGGAGCGACCCAAAAAUCUGUUUCCUGGGUCAGCUCUCCUCUCUGAGAAGGAUCAAGUCAAGAUGGAUCCACUCAAGACGACUGAGAAAUGCUGUCAGAAUUUCACCUGAUGAGCAAUGUCAGCAAAUGCAUUUCUUAUAUAGAUCUUUUUAUGUGAAUAUGACAAAUCAGCACUUUUUCUUCUAAUCUUGCUGUUACCUGGGGUUUUUUGUCCAAAUGACACUUUUCUCUUUGUCCAGCAGAGUGCAUGCUUUGUGAAUGAGUUACAAUGAACAGUCUUUGUAUCUUUACUUGAAGAAGAAAAAAAAAAAAACUGCCCAAGGAUAUCAAAUCCAAGCUAAGGCCUAGUCCAACUGUAUUAUCCUGUAAUCAAGUAGACAUGACUGACCAGCAUGUAUACCAAAGUGCUUACCGAGUGGGAUGACACAAAAUGCUCUACCAAAUGUUGGCAAAGGAUCAUGUCACUGAAUUCCCCACUUCCUGUUAUCAUUUAUUUUGUUUCUGAUUUACCAUCCAGUCAAAGGUUUUCUUGUCAGAUGUCAGAGGAGGCACCUGUGCUUCAGGCUGGACUUGCUCAAGUGUAAUGUCAGGUUACUCACUCCUAAUGCAAACACUACAUUAAGUUCAGCGCUUAGUUACAUGUUGCAGCAAUGCCGCUAGGUUCUGACCGAGGCUGGUUCUGGGACCUGAUGAUGUCCCGGUGUGAGAGGUGAAGUUGGUGAAGAGGAAUGUUUUGUGACCAGUAUCAACACUCAGCAUUGCCCAAAGACUUUCCGCCAUCCUUACUGUAUCUUGUUUUCCACAAAAAAUUUAGAUAUGAUUACUGUAUUACAUCUCUAUUACGGUCAAAAUCCAUUGUGAAUGAGUUUAUCAGUGAAAGAUAUUUUGAUCCAAUGGAGAGCAAACUGUUCAGCAAUGAUACGCCAGCACAGGAGUACCAUUGUAUGAGUUGAUUGUGCCAAAAUGAUCUGUUGUAUAGGGUUUUGUUUUAUUUUCUCUUUUUCUUUUCCCUUCAGUAUAUACAUGCUGCUGUAUAAGCAAAGAGGGCUUUGGAGAAUAGUCAUGAAAUGUUGGCGCUAAAACCCAAAGCACGCUUUUUGAAAACCAUAAGGGACUGGGACUGAAAUUGAUCUUUGUUUCAAUAAUAAAAUUCUUUAAAAUCUUUA